GAACACCAGGCGUAUAUUGAUUGCUGCAAAGCUUUCGAUAUCAGUGCUAAUAAUAGGAUGAGAAUCCGGGCUUAUAUGGUUUGAAAGUUUUGCGAUAAUAUGAACCGUGAUAUUCUGUAGAAACCAAAACAAAUAUGUCAUUGCCAUGCAAACAAACAAAGAACUUAGUCAGCAAAUUGUUGAAACAAUGCAGUUGCAUCAUGCAACAGCAAGCAUAAAAUGGUGCAACACUGCCAACACGUGCUGUCAAUGAAAGGUAAAGACUCGUAUAUGUCUCUCAACGUACGUAUAUUUUUCAAUAUCAUGACGCAAGUUGGUUUCACUUUUCUUGGAAGGAUGUACCUGUACAUGCGGCAGGUAAUGUGAUAUGUACCCGUACCAUGAUAUAUUGAAUAUAUUAUGUGAUUUCUUGGAAGAACUGUUUACGGAAAACACUGUCAUGUGACUACCAACAGUUUAUGUGCGUUAUUAUUCUAUUUCAUCCUCAUUACUCAUGCUAAGGGAAAUCCCUGACACCAUGCAUUGAGAUUGCACGACAGCACGAGUACUUAUAUUUAUAAUAGUCGCCAUCCUCAACUCAAGCGUGAUCACACAAUAAUCAGGUACGUCUAUAUAUGUCUAUUGUAUAUCUAAUUUUAUUGCUAUUGCAUGAGUAUAUUCUAUGUCUGAGAAUAAAUUAUGCGAUUGUAACGGAGCUGGAAUUCGGGCGGGAUAUGGACAGACUGAUACAUCAGAUUGUUCAUGCAUAUAUACCAAGUCAAGAACUUUCAAAUACAAGCAAAUUAGCCAUCCCGAAAACAAUGGCCCACCCACCAUGCUGCACAUGGCCUGUUAAAAACAAAGACGUUCAAACAUUUAACAUCUCUUGAAAUUUUCGUGCUAAAGGUGUGUGUAUUCCGUUGUAUUUGUGAAUUGUCGAAGUUAACUGUUUAAAUACUUAGUUUAAGGUCAUAUAAGGUGUCCGUUGACGUUUGUCUUUGUAUAUAAGCAUCUAAAUAUAUUGGUAUAAAUUAUUUAUUUGUUUGUAAUUGACACUGCGUACUCAUCUUAGGGACCCGACAAAGCAAUAGAGGGACAGACGAUAUAAUACAUGGAUUUUUAUUCUAGAAGGGAACUACAACAUAGUAACGAGAUGGAGGGGUGAGUAUUAUAAACUGUAAACUGUACUGUUAAUUAUAGCUUGCCUCAUUCUGUGGUGAAUCUGGGAUUAAUUGUCGUAUAUGUAUACCGACUUUUGGGUUGCUGUUCCAUAUAAAGUCUCCUACAAACGGUUGAACAAUUUCCGUGGACUGUUGAACAGAGACUACGAGAAUUAAUUCAACAAAUAAUGCCCUUGCCAGUACGAAAUCCAGUACCGAAUCAUUGUUGUAUAUAAGUAUUAAACUGACAGUGUUUGCGUUUGGUUCAAUAAAAAUGACAGCAAAUAAUCUAUUCAAGCUAGCUUAUACCAAAAACGCAGAUAUUUAGUUAUUUUUAAUUAGCACAAAACUUCCUAACGCUGGUAAUUUCUAAAAUUUCUAUCGUAAGACAUACAUCUGGUUGCGAAAUUUGAAUGACAUAAUUUAUAUAUUUUGGAAUUUGAGAAAGCAUGCAUAAUUCAUAUUAUUUUGAGGAAGGUUUGAAAACUUGAAAUCUUACCCGGAGGAAGGUUGAACACUUUUUGCAAUUCUGUUUUAAUAUACCCACAAUAACAAACGCAAGACCCCUCACCUGCUUAUUAUUUUAUACUACAAGUUAGUAUCACUAGGACCAAUAUAGAUGAUGUCAGGCGCUUCUAUAUAUGUAUCAUGAGCCUCUGGCAUGGGUAAAUUGGGCAACCACGCCCGAUAUAUAAAGACGUAAAUUAUUUUUGUCUCAACUUUCCCCCAUGUUUUGCAGGGCAACCAAGGUUAAAUUGCGGACGGGCACUGAAGUGCAAAACGUCAGGGGCACUACUAGUUGCAGAUCGUUUGGUUACGAUUCAUGGAAGCAAUUGUAUGAAGGUGCAGUUGGUAAUUGGCCUGAUUUCUGUCCUGUGGAUUAUUGUACCCGGAAUGCUAUAUAUGGAGCCCAUGUAAGGGUCCAUUUCAAUCGUGGUGGGGUAUGGAUUAUACCCAUGUGUGCGAAACACAAUCACUAUACGAACAACGAUUGGAUGACUAUUACUGAUUCAAACACAAUUGCAGUGUACGCUGAGAAGGAACAUACAUGAAGUCUGUCUGAGAUAGAAUUUGGUUUUCGACAAUACACAGUUUCUAAAUGAAUGUACUGUUUAUAUAGUUGUAGAAGUGAUGAAUCAUUAAUAAGGCUACUGAGCAAUCUUGUCAAUAUAUUUAGGUCAAAUAUAAUUACUGUACAAUUAUAAAGUUCAGCAAAGUCAUUAUUGCUAGUUAUAUUAUUAUAUAUAGCUAGUUAACUAAGAAAUACAAGUCGAUAUUUCUUAUUUAAUACGGAACUGUAACAUAUCGCUAUGAUUUAUCAUAAUGACUCAAUAUACAUCUACAAUCACUAUUUCCUGGUGAUUUCACGUAUUCAAUAUUGAUAUGAAAAGUACUGUGUUAUGAUUUAGAUGACAGCUAGGAUAUAGUAACGAUUUAUACUGUGACUAAGCUGAUUGCGCACUGAAAAAUUAUGUUUAUACAGACAACCUCUUAUCUUUUCUGAUAUAAGUUUAAGCUGGCUUUCCGCAUAGUUAAUGAUGAAAGCAACAAGAAAACAGAGCUCCUGGAAAGUUGACAUGCAGGUCAAUACUGUCAUAACUUGAGAGUUAAUUUCAAUCUUUACUAUUCUGGGUGCAGAGGUUUUCUGGUGUCGGGUGGACGCGCCAGCAUGAGUGCAGGCAAAAGCUUAAACUAGCUAAACAGGAAACUCCCUAGUCCAGGAUAAAUUAGCCUGCGUGCAGCCUGACUUUAAAGGGGGAAAAGUCAGGAUAAAUCUUCACCGGAUUGCUUGAGGACUGUGUUUCGAGUGUAUGCUAUCGACGUUUUUAUACAUAAUUCUGGUACAUAUUUCAGUGUAUGCAUGCAGUCUCGUGAACAAGUGAACAACGACUCUUGCCACCUACUAUUCAUGAUCAAGCUCAUGAGUAAUCGACGACGUUUCUACCAUUAAAAACUAUUUAUCGCUUCCCUGCAUAUAUUAAACCACCAUCGGCAAACUUGAGCUUGGUUUUCUGUGCUGCCGAAUACACUGCAAGGCUAGUCAAAGCCUUUAUGGCAUAAUUAUGGCUAUGUACCCGGUUGUUAGCACAUAGCCGCUUUAUUGUUUUAAUACAUUUUUAAUAAUUAACAAGAAUUAAUAACUAUAUAAUAUUUAGCUAAAUCUCUUGCGUCCAAUUUCUUGACGUGCACUGCAGCCCUCGUGGAAUAGGAAAGGAAAGAUGGCAAAGAGAUGGCCCGCUUCACCACUGAUAAAUAUACCGAACCAUCCAAUCACGUGACUAUACUUAAAUUAACUUGCGCGCGCAAAUACCCUAUUUCGCAUAAUUAAUUUCGACUAUAAAUUAUUCCGGGAAGCAAUAAAAACUCUUAUCGCUGUGGCAAUAAGUUCCUGUCU